AUGAAGAUGACCCUGCUAGUAGUUGUUAUCACUGUGACGGCAGUACAGGCGCUGCAGGAGUCCAUGCUGGAACAAGCACGCUUACAUCGAGAGAAUUUGGUGCGAAAAUAUUUGAAGAAGCUUAAGAAAGAGGAAGGUGCAAUCAAGUUAGUUGGUGGAAGAGGCGAUUUCGAAGGCAACCUUGAAAUUUUCCACGAUGGAAAAUGGGGAGCCGUUUGCGAUGACGAGUGGGACUCGAGUGAAGCGCAAGUAGUAUGUCGACAGCUAGGCUUUCCGGGCUACGUUAAAGCUACCCACAGUGGUCACUUUGGCAAGGCGAAGCGAAAGUAUUGGAUGGAUAAUCUCUUCUGCGGUGGAAAGGAAAGCGAACUAGCAGAUUGUCAUUUCGAUGACUGGGGACAUAGCGAUUGCGAAUCUAGUGAGGCUGCUGGCGUCAUUUGCAAGCAAGAUCAUCAGCCCUCUUCAACGGCUAAACCGAUUCCAGCGGAAGACAAACCAAAAAAAGCACCGCUUGGAAAAGAGUUGGAGGUUCGACUGGUUGGCGGGCGGAUUCCGAAUGAAGGACGUGUUGAGGUACGUAAAAGUGAAGGUCCGUGGGGUACUAUUUGCGCUGAUGGAUGGUCUCUGUUGGAAGGCAACGUCGUUUGUCGUCAGCUGGACAUGGGAUAUGCAAAUGAUGCCAUUCAAACGGAUUUUUUCGGCGGGUCAAACGAAAGCAAAAUACUACUGAGCGGAACGGAAUGCUACGGAAACGAAAGCAGUUUGGCUGCAUGUUCGCAUCACGAAAUUGGCUGGCUGAGUGGGUGCAGUGAACGGGGCGGUAACCAUGUGGCGGCGGUGACAUGUGUGGAAAGACUGCCCGAUUUGGCAUUUGACCACGUGGAGAUGGAACAAUCGCUGCACCUUGAGGAUAGGCUAAUGUAUUUACUACAGUGUGCUAUGGAGGAAAAUUGUGUAGCAUCGCAGGCGUAUGAGAUACAAAGGGAAAAUCCCAACUGGCACUUGGAAAGCAGAAGGCUACUGAAAUUCACGGCACGUGUGCUAAACACCGGCACGGCUGAUUUUAGGCCCAAUAUACCGAAGCACCUGUGGGAAUGGCACCUUUGCCAUAUGCACUAUCACAGCAUGGAAGUGUUUGCUACAUUCGAUAUUUUUGACUCGAAAGGAGUGAAAGUUGCAGAGGGCCACAAAGCUUCGUUUUGUUUGGAGGAUAACCAAUGUCUUCCUGGAACCGAGCCCAAGUAUGCUUGUGCAAACUACGGUGAUCAAGGCAUUUCCGUAAAUUGUGCCGACAUCUAUCGACACAACAUCGAUUGCCAGUGGGUGGACAUCAGCGAGCUGGACUUUGGACUUUACACCCUGCGAAUUGCCGUCAAUCCAGAGUUCAAAGUGCCGGAAAUCAGUUACGACAAUAAUGCGGCUGUCUGCUCGCUACUGUACACAGAAACCUACGCGCGCGCUUACGACUGUAAAAUUAUGCGACCCUAA